UUCAGUUCUUUUUUUUAACUCACACAUGGCAUGGGACGUCAACAAAAUAAUAACUAAUGAAAACAAAAUGAUUUGAGUAGCAAUAAAUUUUAUAUUUAGAGUUUGGUUUACAUUCUGGAACGUUGCAUUGCAUUUUGGUUGCGAUUUACGGAUAAACGUAUAUUUUAGAUGCAUAGUCAUCGUGUUAAGUUUAUAAAAUUGGCUAUAGAAUUAAAAAUAUUGAAUAAUGGCAGAUCGAUUAACACAACUUCAAGAUACAAUUAACCAGCAAGCAGAGUAUUUCUGCAACAGUAUCGGAAUAUUGCAGCAAUAUUCCACACCCAGCAAGUUCUCAGGCUUUGAUCGCAGUGGAUCUCAGACUCCUCAACAGCAAGAAGAUUAUGCUCAUCUGUUUGCCACCCUGAUAGGCAGAACAGCCAAAGACAUCGACACUCUAAUUGAGUCUUUGCCCAAUGAGGACUCCUCUACUGAAUUACAGAUGGCUAGCUUAAGAAGGCUUGAGGAGGAUAAUCGAGAGGCAGCUAAGAGGCUGGAGGAAGUAGUUCGCAGAGGUGAAUCACUCCUUGAGAAGAUUCAGGAGGCUCUAGCGGACAUUGCUCAGAGCCAGUUAGAAAUGCAAAACUCAUUAACAGACUCUUCAAGAGAAAAUAUUUUAUAAGAUUAAAGAAUAUUUAAAUCUUAGUUGUUCUGAAUAUCUAUGUUAUUCAGGUAAUUAUGUUUUGACUCUCUUUCAAUCUCUAAAUGUUAUUUUAGAUUAGAAUUUUGUACUGUAUAUGUAUAUAAAGCUUAUCAUACACACUAUUAAGUGCCACAAAACAUUGUUGUAUUCAAGUUUUAACUCUUGUUGAAAUCAUAUAAAUCAAGUAAAUUAGUUUUCAAUGCAGUAAAGCUGGCACUUCAUAACAUUUUAUUUUAUAAAGUUAUUUCUCAACAAAACCUUCUAAAAGUUUUUACAGUUAAGGUGAUGACGAGUCUCAUUAAAAUCGUUAAAGUGUCUCAUUUUAUUUGUUUGAUUUCAACAAGAAUCAUAUUCUGCUUUGUAUUCUUGAUGGAAGUGAGUAGGUUUUAAUGGAAACUGAUGAUGCCUCAACCGGCGAAAGCGCUUUUUAAAUAAAUUUAAUGUGGAAGUAUGAAAAAUGUCUUUUCCAUUAAAAGAAUCAUAUUGUGACAUUGGUUGUGAAGAUAGGAUCACUAUAAAGUAUUACAAAGUAGGCAGUUAAGAAGUUAUUUUUAUUUUGUUUAUUUCUUAAAAGCUACAUUCUGUUAAAUGAUCUACUUUCUGCUUACAACUGAAAUUUUCCAAACAGGUUGUUUUUAUUACCAAUUUGCAAUUAUUCAAUCUAACAUGUGGUUUGGUCGACUCCGGCAGGCUCCCAUCAGGGUUUCAAUGCAUUGUAAUGGUUUUAAAAUUAAUAGUCAUAGUUUAUUCAAAAUUGUAAUGACCGGUAUUACAAAUUUAGCAUAUAAUAGCGUUACAGUUAUUAUAUUUAGCUGUUUCGUCCGUCUAUACGGUCCCUUAAAAUAGACGUGUGGUGGGCCCCAGUAAAAAUGUCCAAAAAGAAAACCACACCAGAGUGCGGGUCUGCUGCCAGACCAUCACCAAGCUUCCCUCUCCAAAAAUUGUUACUUAUUACUAGUAAAACAUGUGAAACGUACGAAGUUAGUUUGAUGUUUAUAUUACUUACUCUGCUUAUAAAUUCAUAAUGGUGUUAUAAUUAGUGGAUAGUUAAAUCAUAGUCAAUAUCCAAAGUACUUCCUUUUUUGUUAAAUAUAAAUACAUUUAAUUUGAGUUUAUCUUAAGAAAAUGUUCAUACCUUUGUGGAAAUGCCCAUUUUCAAAUGUUCUGCCUACUGGGUAUUUACCUGGCCCAAAUCUCAAGUAAAGUCUCUUAGUAACAAAAUGCUAAGGAUCUGGGCAGGGCAAGUUCAGAAUGUUUCUAGUUUUUAUGCACACAUUGCCUCAAUUUGCUAAAGUUAAACGUCUUUCUUAAGGAUGGUUGUGUUAUGAAAUAUUAAUAUCAUCACAUUAUUGGUGGCUCUUUGCUCAUGUAAAUUAUAAUUGUUGAAUUGUACUAUUUUAAUUAAAAUUAAUUAAUAAUAUUACUAGUCUUUAAGACUAGGCCACAUUAUGAAUACUUGGCACCAAUUGUGAGUGUAUUUUUUGUGUAGACACUGGUUGUACUGCUAAACAGUUGUUACUUUCAAUAUUGCACAUGUUUGACAUUUUCUACUGUUAUUUAUCAUCUACGAUUUGUUAUAGAUUUCUCACUUGUAUAGUAUAACGUUUGGAAUAAAAUGUUAUAAAACUAAAAA